AUGUCUACUGAAAUCCCUAAAACUCAAAAAGCCGUCAUAUUUGAAACCAAUGGCGGCCCAUUGAUGUACAAAGACAUUCCAGUGCCUCAAAUCAAGCCUACGGAAAUCCUCGUCAAUAUCAAGUAUUCUGGUGUGUGUCAUUCCGACUUAACUGCAUGGAAAGGUGGCUGGCCAAUCCCAUACAAACUUCCCUUGGUUGGUGGUCACGAGGGUGCAGGUGUUGUAGUUGCAGUUGGUGAGAAUGUUCAAGGAUGGUCCGUUGGUGAUUUAGCCGGAGUGAAAUUGGUCAACGCAACAUGUUUGAAUUGUGAACAUUGUCAACAAUCAAAUGAAGCUAUUUGUCCUACCAAAACUUUAAAUGGAAUCACCAUGGAUGGUACUUUUCAACAAUACUGUGCUACUGACGCCAUUCAAGCGGCAAAAUUACCUCUGGAUAUCGAUUUGAAAUCAGUGGGACCAAUAUUGUGUGCUGGUAUCACAGUUUACAAAGGCUUGAAAUCAUCAGAAGCUAAACCGGGCCAGUGGGUUGCCAUUUCUGGAGCUGCUGGUGGGUUGGGGUCUUUAGCGAUUCAAUAUGCUAAAGCCAUGGGGUUGAGAGUGGUGGGGAUUGAUGGGGGUGAAGAAAAGGGGGAAUUUAUAAAGAGUUUGGGUGCUGAAGCAUAUGUCGACUUUACCAAAUCAAAAAAUGUUGCUCAAGAUAUCAUUGCCAUUACUGAUGGAGGUGCUCAUGCAGCAUUAAAUGUCGCAUCUUCUGAGCAAGCUAUUCAAAUGAGUGUGGAUUAUGUUAGAGCCAGUGGAACUGUAAUCUUGAUUGGAUUGCCACCAAACGCAAAACUCUCAAUUGAUAUCUUGACUGCUGUUGUUAAACAAGUUACUAUUAGAGGUUCAUAUGUGGGAACCAAAUGGGACACUACCGAAGCAAUUGAUUUCUUCCAUAGAGGUUUGGUUAAAUGCCCAAUUAAAGUUGUUGGUUUGCUGGAGGUGGAACGCGUGUUUCAAGAGAUGGAAGAAAAUAAAAUAUUGGGUAGAUAUGUUCUCGAUACUUACAAGUAA